AUGUUUCAAAAGAUUUUCCUAUCAUUUCUCUUCCUCCUAGCAUUGCUAGACAGUACUCUGGCAGUACCCUCCCUUGGGAUCGCCAAAGACGAAUCAGUGGAAAGCAGCAACUUGGUAUUUAACUCGAAGUGCACCUUCGAAAAACCACCAACAGACAACGAGUUCCUCAGCAUGAUUCAGGCUGCCUACGCUGAAAUGCGUCGUGAUAGUGUUGUGAAAAAUCCUGCAAAGCCAGCCGCGAUGAUUGGCCUCUCUAUCGGCAAUGAAGUCUACUUCUCUUCUUCCGCGAAGGGGCGAAGACAAAUUAUCUACGAACAUGCGUCUUGGGCUGGUGGUGAAGGAACAUUCAAUCCCAAACUCGACGCAAGAUUUAAUGAGGUCACGGAGGCUUUAAACAGUUGUGCCACUCAAGAGAGCAAGCAGCACAGGAACCAAGCAUCAUGUGGGGAGAUUAUGUCAACCCUUUUAUGGAUGGUGGACCAUCCGAAUGAAUCCCCAAAAGAUCACAACCCCAGGGUUGCUGCGUGGAAUAGGAAAGGCUAUCUUCCCCCCUGCUCAGCGGAUAAUGAGGAUGAUGUGAGAUGGGGAUGCGCUUCGUGGACGGAAGAAAUGGGCUUGACCGUUGUGCAAAAUAUAGAAAACCUUCCGGAAGAUUUCCCUGCAGGAAACUGUGAGACAGUCAGGUUAGAAACCUGCAUGAUUGUGGAAGCUGAAGCUGAUGAGGGCCAAGUCCAGGCGAACUGA